AUGGGUAAUCGACAAACAUUUCAUCCAAAUAAACUUGAUUAUGAUAUAUUUAAUAUUGAAAUUGAUAUUGGUCCUGUUAAUUUACUUUUACAUGGUUUAUUCUUAAAAAAUCUUUGGUGGGUUAAAGAAAAUUUAUUCGGUUGGGAUCAAAUGUAUCAUGAUAUUAACGAACCAGAGUUAAUACGUGAAAAACAGAUUAUUGUUCCAGAUGAUCCACUUGUUAAUAUAAUUGAUGAAAAUCAUCAAUUUGAUCCACGGUAUUUUCGACCAUUAAUGGUUAAUUUACGUGUUGCACUUCAUAAUAUAACAGCUCAUUUGAUUCAUCAUAGUGAUAAUGAACCUUGUCCAAUUGGUUUUUGUGAACGAUUAUGUGUUGAAAUGACAACUAAUUUAGAUGAAACAAAAGUACAAGUACUCAUUUUACCUGUUAAUGUUUAUGUUGAAGAUACAAUUAUUAGAAAUAAAUCUGAUCAACAUUUAUCUACUGGAAGCCUUCAAUUAUCUGGUUUAAUAAUUCGUGGUCAUGCAAUGCUUUCUCAUGAAGGUUUACCACCUGAACGUGAAACACUUGAAUAUGCAUGGCAAAUGGAAAUUUUACUUGGUAAAAUAUCAGCUCGUGUAACAACAAUUCAAGUGGAAAAACUACUCGCCUUCUUAAAAAAUUUUUAUUUACAAAUGAUGCAAGAUGAAUAUACAUUGAUUCGUUCACCAGUUAUGGAUAAAACAAAAUGGAUUGAAAAACUUAAAUAUGAGGCACUUAGAUUUAGUUUAGAUUCAGUUGAUCUUAGUAUUAUUGAAGUUGCACCAGUUCGUUUAUGCAUGUGUAAUAUGCAUACAAGUUUAUGUAACGAAAGUUUAACUCUAAAAGUGGGUACUAUUAAUAUUCGUCAAUUACUUCGUCUUUAUCCUGGUUCAUGGAUAGAAGCUGGUUCUAUUCAUAUACCAGAAUUACGUAUGAAUGCAAAAUUUGAUUGUCAUCCUCCAACACAAAUUAAUAUAAUUGAACAAAUCGAAUUUCUUCGUCGACAUGAUCAACAAACACAACGACUUCAUUUUCUUUAUAAUGCAAAAUCUCAACAAUCAACAUCAACAACAUUAAAACGACCAUCAAAUUUUGGUUUACAAACAAAUAUAAAUCUUCCAUCAUGUGCAUGUCUUGGUGGUUCAUCAAAUUAUUAUACACUUGUAUCAGGUGAACAAUUUUUUAAAAGUUCAUUUCGUCUUAGUGAACAAACAUCAUUUGGACGUUCUUUAUUUCGUCCUGAUCUACAUGUUAUACAUUCACAUCCUAUAUUUCAACAUAAAUAUGAUUGGAAUACUUAUAAAAAUUCAUCGGCAUCAAAUGAACAAUUAAAUAAUGAAGAAAAUUUUUAUCCAUUUGAUUUUUGUUUACAACAAAGUCAAUUUAAUCAACAAGAACUUCAUAAUUCAAAUUCAAAUCAUCUAGAUUCUAAUAUACCUACGGAUUUAUAUUCAUGUGUACGAUCAAGUUCUCUAUCACAGACAAAACAUAAAUCAUCAAAUCAAAAAAAAUUUCAUAAACGUUCAUCAUCAUCAAUACCAUCAUGUUAUAAUGGUACUGAUGAUUCUUCAUCAUCCGCAACAGCAAGUGAUGCUUAUUUAACACCAACUGAACAUGUAUCGUUGAACAAUUCAAGACAAAAAAGUUUAGAUAAUACAAAUGAUAUUUUAGAAUCAUUAACAGUAAAUGAUAUACAACAUCAAUUUUCAUUAAAUACAACAUCAAUACCUGCACAUUUUCAUUUAUUAACAAAAUUUUCGGAUGAAGAAGAAACUGUAUCAAUAAAAUCCUCAGAUUCAUCAUCAACAGAUUCAUUGGCACCUUUCGAAGAAAUACUUCGAAGACAACAAUCAGAAAAAUUAAUUCCGAAAAUAGGUAUAUCAUCAUCAACAGAAUAUACUUCUAUUCCUCAACCAUCUUUACCUAGUUCUUCAUGGAUUAGUUUACGUAAUCAAAUGAAAAUGCCCAUACCAAAAUCUACUCUAUUAUGUACAACAUAUAUUCGAUAUUUAUCUCAUUAUCGUUCAUCAACAUGGUCAAAUAAAGCAUCAUUUCCACCAAAUAUUCAACAAGAUCAAAUUGAUUAUCGUCCAAUACUUGAUUUUAAUUGUGUAUCUCAAGGUUUUUCAUGUUCAUUUUUAUCUGAUAAUUCACCAUCAACACAAUCAUUUACAAUAUCUCAAUCACGACAACAACAACAACAACAACAACAACAACAACAACAACAGCAACAACAGCAGCAAUCAACACAAACAUCAUCAUCAUCAUCAGCAACAACAACAACAAAUAAUCGACCACGUUUAUCUAUUGCACCAACAAUAUCUCCAGUGGGUUCAUCAAAUAUAAAUGCAACAGAAAAAGAAGUAUGUCUUCGAUUUAUAGGUCCAUUUAAUAUACUAUUAACACCACUUAUGCUUGAAUGUUUAACAACAUAUAUUGAAAAAUGGAAAACAUUUGAUAUACAUCCAUUAUCUGUUCUUGAUGGUCUUCAUAUACAAGCUCAAACACAAUCAAAUCCAAUGACAACAUUAAUUGAUUUAUCAGCAACAAAAAUUUCAUUACAAUUACCAAAAAUAAAUGUUUGUUUAUUACAAGCUGGUUUAGCUGAAGAUAAUGUUCAAUUAACUGAAUUACGAACACCAGUUGAUAUUGUUACAAUGUCAUUAUUUGCUUUAUCAUGUAAACAAAUUCAAAUGGAAACAAUAUUAUCUAAACGUGAUCAAUCAACAGCUGGUGUUUUUAAAAUUCAAUCAAUAACAGGACAAUUUCGUCGUUUUGAAAAUGAUUUUUCUACAAUUGAAAAUGUUAAUAUUCAUGCUAUACAAUCACAACGUUGUCGUUUACAAUUUCGUUUAUCAAAUGAUAUUCAAACACAUUUACCUAUUGGAGAUAAUCGAAAAAAUUUUGGUUUUGUUAUGAAUGAAUUUGGUUUACAACGUUUAUGUUUUAAAUUAAUAAAUAAUGCAGCUAAACAACAACAAUUAAGAAAAUUUAUUUCACCAAAUAUGACACAAAUUGAUGAAACACAAACAACAAGACUUCCAUCAAAACAUAAAUCAAAACGAAAACAAUCCGCUGAAGUAAAACUUAAAGAAUUUUAUUUUAAAAACAGAUUUCAAUUGAUUUUUGAAUAA